CUGUCAUUGUUUUGCAUUGACAACUCUGUAAUUGUAUUAUUUUGCACUCUGGGUAUCCAUGGUACCAAGGAAUCCUAAUCCUGUGCAUCUAAAGACGGAUUCAUUUGGUCAAUAGCCACCUAGCAUGGCCUCUAAGCCGGCUGAGGACAUUUCCGAUUUAGCAGAGAACGGGAUCGAACAGCAUGAUGUUGCUACUGCUGGCCCAGUUGACGUGGAAGUGGAACUGGAGUCGCAGUCCCAGCAGCUGGAAACUCAGUCACCAACAUCGACACCAAUUGAGACUGAAAUAGAAGCUGUUUCUAUCAAAUGUGACUUGCCAUCACAAGAACCUGGUGCAGAAUCCCUGCCAGACAGCUUGAGUUUUGCACAACUUCAGGCUCAGGAUCAGGCCCAGGUAGCAGAGGAAGACAAAUCCCAGAAGGUUGCCUCCACAAAUGACAUACUCUCACAUGUCCACUGCCUGGCUCAGUUGGAGGAACAACGACGCAGUUAUGAACAACAGUUGGAACAACUACGUACUGCCAAUGCUCAAAAGGAUAAUAUGCUUCAGCUUCAUCAACGUGAGAAUGUCAUUCUCGAAAAGGAGAAAAUUGCCUUUCGCAAAGAAAUGGACGUGGCCACCAAAGAGAAGGAGGCCACUGUCAUUAAAUUCGCCAUGAAAGAGAAAAUGCUUAUCGAUGCCAAAAAAGAGAAGGAUGCAGUGGAAAAGCAACUGGCCGACUCUAGGAAAGAGGUGAAAAAUGUAACCACACGCUUCCAGGCUGUAAAUGAGGAAAAGUCCAGAAUAACCUACAUAAUAGAUGAAAAGUGCAAUGAAGUUCGUAAAUAUCAAAGGGAAUGCGAGAAACUCAAGACAGAGAUGGGUCACAUGGAAUCCAAACUGAAAUAUCACAUAAAUAAGCUCAAUAUGGAAACAGAAGCUAAGGCUGUUCUAGAACGCAAACUGGAAGAAGAAAGGAAUGCACCCAAUAAGCUGGAAGAAAAGGCCAAUGAAAAAUUAAAAAUGGAAUUUGAAGCCAACUCAAUACUGCUAAAACAUGAGAUUACUAGCAAGACUGAGGCUCUUGAUAAAUUAACUAGAGAGCAGCAAAAACAAAUUGAGGCCCAUAGGGAACUGAACCACCAACUGCAAGAGAUAACCACAGAGCAUGACUUUCUCCUCGGAGAAAUGCGGCAAUUAAAGGAACAACACAAUGCCGUGGAGUUGGCCUACAGUGAUGAGCUGUUGAACUCGGCCAAAUUAAGAGGACAACUGGAAGAGCUGCAACUGUUGCGCACACAGAAUACCAUCAAUGAAGCCAAGUUGUGUUCAGAGGAAGAGCGAGUAAAAGAGUUGGAAUCUCUGGUCGAAGAUCAUGAAUCGGAUUUGGAACAAUUACAAUUGAAAAAACAGGAACUUUUAUCCAUUAAUAAGGAAAUGAGUGAAUUAAUUGUUCAACUACAAAAUGAUAUUUGUCUGGCCGAAGCGAAGUCACAAGGUCUUGAAGCUGAGAACAAACUCCUAAAGCAAGAGAAGCUUCAGUACGACCAAAAAUAUACAGAAUUGGAGCAACAAUUAAAUGCAGAAUUUGCCAUUAAGAAUGAGGAGCGCCUUAUUCUAGCAAAACAUUUGUCUGAAAAGACCAAAUUGUAUGAAGUGACCAAGGAGAAACUGGAAAAUUUGCAGGGCGAUUUUGAGGCCAAUCAGCUGAAGCAUUCGACGGUGGUCAAAGAAAUGCAACGAGAUUUACAAAAGUACAAAAAAGGCAUGGUGGAACCAACAAAGGGAAUCAGCUAUUGCAGUAAUUGCCACCAAGCCAUGAAUGGUAGUUAUCCGAUACCAAGCCAAAGUCAAGCUCAAGCUCAAGCGCAAUCUCAGGUGGAAUCCACCAGAUCAAAUAGUCGUGGCAGCAGUCGUCGUGCCAGUGAAUCAUCUGAAUCUGAAACCGUGACCAGCAGUGUGACAGCCACUCAAACAGUCGUUGAUCUUCAUGCUGUGCCCUCGAAAAAAGUCCUUGUAGAGCGGAUUCUUCGCCUUCAGCAAGCAACAGCCAGACAAACGGAGCGCAUAGAAUUUCUAGAGAAUCAUACAGCCGCCUUAGUGGCCGAAGUUCAAAAGAAAUCCAAAGUCGUUCAGCACUAUAUGCUCAGAGAUCAGACAGCUGGCGCAUUGACCUCUUCCAAAAGCGAUCAGAAUAAAAGUGAACUAGUAAAAUAUGGCAAUGGUAUUAUGGCCGCCAUUUAUGGGGGAGUCAAGGCUGCCGAUCAGGCUAAUAAUAAAGCUAUGUCUCUGGAUUUGUCGCUUGAGAUUAACAAAAAAUUGCAGACAGUCCUGGAGGACACCCUUCUCAAAAAUAUAACGCUCAAAGAGAAUUUAGAUGUGCUGGGUCUGGAGGUAGACAAUUUGACUCGACAACUGCGGGCUAUGGAGUCCACAUCUAAGUGAUCCGCAUUAAAAUCCAAAGUAUUCCAAUUCCCAUUCCAUAUUCAACCAUUAUGUACAGAUUUAGUCAUGCUUAAGUUAUGUUUGUAUAUAUUAAAAACAGAAGAACAGGAAACGAUUCUUAUACUAAACCCUCA